UUCACUCACUGGUGAGUGGUGCAAGCUUAAAUAAAAAAUAAAAAUGCCAGUGGCGCGCUAAAGUUGUGUAGGAUAUGUUGUACCGAAGUUACUUUUAAGUUUUAGCGUACAUUAUCGUAACAAUAUAUUAGUUAAGUUUUGUGAAUAUCAAGAUUAAAGACUGCAGCAAACAACACUAGAAAAUAUACUCAUGUCGCAUCAACAUCCAGAUGGCACUUAAGCGGGCUAUAAUUUAUGGCUAAAAAAACUAUACAAAAGUGUUUGUUUAGUGAUGUGUUAGUGUCAAUUUUCUCAAGAUGGACGUGAACUCAACUUUGGCGACGAUAUACCCGCGUGAAGCGACGAUAUUAGCCGCCGCGUGCGCAUGCAUUUUUAGCAUGGUUGGAGUAAUUGGCAACCUUAUAACGACUGUGGCGCUCGUGAUGCAUCCAAAGCUUCGUGGUCAUGUCACUACAAUGUUCGUAUUGUCACUCUGUGUCUCUGAUCUUCUCUUCUGCAGUAUCAACUUGCCGCUUACAGCUAGCAGGUACAUAAAUGAAGAAUGGGUGUUGGGUCCUCGCCUCUGCCAGAUGUUUGCAUUCGUCUUUUACGGCAAUGAGGCCGUUUCUCUUCUGUCUAUGGUGGCUAUUACAAUUAACAGAUACACCCUUAUCGCGUACUAUGACAUGUACUCACAGAUCUACACCACAACCAAGAUCUGGAUCCAGCUCAUCACCAUAUGGCUCGUCUCCUUUGGACUUAUGGUCCCAUCAUUACUCGAAGUGUGGGGUAAAUUGGGAUUAGAUCAAAACACAUUUUCAUGCACAAUCCUCCCGAAGGACGGUCGGAGUCCCAAGAAGUAUUUGUUCGUGUUCGGAUUCGCGUUGCCUUGUGUUGUGAUAAUUGUAUCAUACUCGUGCAUCUACUGGCGCGUACGUGAGAGCAAAAGGAAGCUGGAGGGACGAAGGUGUGUAUGUGGUAAACUUAGCGGCCAGACAGCGAAAGAAAAGGAAGAAGACUCGAGACUGACAACCCUUAUGCUGACAAUCUUCCUUUGUUUCUUGGCCUGUUUCCUUCCUCUCAUGAUCAUGAAUGUCGCUGAUGAUGGCAUCCGAUUCCCUUGGCUCCACAUCAUUGCAUCUAUCCUAGCAUGGGCCUCCAGUGUCAUAAAUCCCCUAAUAUAUGCAGCAACGAAUAGACAAUAUAGAGCGGCGUAUGGCAACCUUCUAAAAAUUUGCCGAAAUAACCCUGUGACGAAACGCACGACUUGGGGAAGUCGAACCGUCGGCCAAUCGUCGAAUUCUCCGCAUUAUGUUGAAAAACGUAAAGACAAACCGACAAAAUUAUAACAU